AUACAAGAUACUUACCUAGACCUUGGUCCCUCGCAAGGACAGCCAAGCUACAAUGGUCUAGUGGCAUGUGCAAAAGGGAAGAAGCCUGCCUGACCUACCGCAUACCUAGAGGUUGAGCUUCUGCACGACCUGGAACAACUCACCUGCAGAAUGCAGAUCCAUUCCAUCCAGCUCCCCAUCCUUGCCUCCCCGUUUAUUUACCCCAUCCGCAGGAACCACAACUACGAAGACAGCAUCAACUGACACCUCAAUAUGUUUUUGUGCUUCAACCACAGUGUACUGGCAUGUCUAGCAUGGCUGUCACUGGCGACAGCAACCAACCUUUAUGCCACCCAUUAUAGCGGCACCGUCUCCACCCUCUCCCUCGAUCGCGACAACAAUGGCUCCUACCUGCUCAGUCUUGCCAGCUCGCUAGAGACCUGCGGCUCCAUGCCCAGCUGGCUAACCUUUGACUCUACCUCACGAAUCCUAUACUGUUCCGAUGAAACUGGCGAUGCUUCGAUUGAUGGAUCCGUGACCUCCCUUGCUGCUGGUCAGGACGGUACCCUGACAGACAUUACCACAGCCACGGCGCCUGGUGGUGGUGUGGAUAGUGUCAUCUAUAAUGGUGACGAUGGUGCCAGAUACCUGGCGAUAGCUCAUUACACUGGUUCCGCAGUGUCUACAUUUCGCCUUCCCCUGGAUUCCAAUUCGGAGACCCUUCAAGUCUUCCACUACAACCUCUCUCAACCCGGUCAAGAACCACAACAGGAUGCGCCGCAUCCGCACCAAGUCUUCCUUGAUCCCUCAGGGUCCUUCAUCCUCGCCCCCGACCUAGGCGCAGACCUCGUUCGCGUGUAUGCAAUCAACAACACAACAGGCGAACUCGACAGCCACUGUUCCGAUCUCACUUUCCCGGCCGGCAGUGGGCCCCGACACGGUCUUUUCUGGGAGAAUAGCCAUCCCAUACUCACCAGUCAACUAAAGACCCGGAAGCAAGACGAUGUCUUCCUAUAUACCGUCAAUGAGCUAGAUGGGCACCUGAAGGCAUUCACCGUCUCCUACACACCAGAUGGCUGUCUCUCUUUCAAAGAAAUCCAGUCAUUUGUGCCGUAUCCCGAAGGACAGCUCCCGGAAGGAGCCACUUUGUCCGAAAUCCGCCAAGCAGGCGACUACCUAUAUGUGUCAAUUCGCACCGAUCAUGGCUUCCCGCCAAAUGACUCCAUUGCGACUCUGGAUCGCUCGUCUAAUGGCACAGUCGCCUUCAGAGAUCUCACGUCUUCGUACGGUACUGUUCCUCGCACACUUGUGAUAAACAAGGCCGGGGACCUGGUUGCUGUUGGCGACCAGGCCUCUUCAAAUGUCGCCAUUGUAGCGAGAGACCCCGCCAGCGGUGAACUGGGAGAGGAAGUUGCUAGCUUAAAAAUCGGAGAUCCUGGUCAGGUUGGUACAGCUCAGGGACUGAGCAGUGUUGUGUGGGAUGAAUAGGCUAUUAUCGGGUUGGCUCAUAGGAACUGUUCUCCAACCUGGCCGCUGCAGAACCCCGUCAUGUAGCUUCGACUCCGAUCAACUCUGGCGAGACAGAUACAAUGGCAUCGAGAAGAAAGAUACUCAUAUGCUUGUGUCUUUCGUUAUUAUUUUUUUUCUCCAAAUCAGCCGGAUGUGUAGAAUGACUUCGGCCACCUUUGGUUAGUCGAGACAGCGUAUGUCUGGCAUGUCCCUCAAUCAUCAAUAUAAGUAGUGUGUUG